AUGGCGGUUCUAAUGGAAACCACUCUUGGAGACCUUAUCAUCGAUUUAUUUGUAAAAGAACGUCCAAGAUGUUCUUUGAAUUUUAUCAAGUUGUGCAAGAAAAAGUACUACAAUCUGAACCAAUUCCACAGUAUUGAGAAAAACUACGUAGCACAGACUGGAGAUCCAACAGGAACAGGAAAGGGAGGAGAAUCAGUUUACAGUGAUAUGUAUGGAGAGCAAGGUCGGUACUUUGAAAGAGAGGAUCUUCCAAAGAUGCGUCACACUCGGAUGGGAAUCGUUUCGUUUGUGAAUAACGGAGACAAUAUGCUGGGUAGUCAGUUUUUCAUCACUCUUGGGGAAAAUUUGGAUUACUUGGAUGAUCAACACACAAUUUUUGGACAAGUCACUGAAGGAAUUGAGACAUUAGAAAAACUCAAUGAGCAGUUGACUGAUACGAAUAAUAAACCAUUCAGAGACAUUCGAAUUUCUCACACCAUCAUUCUAGAUGAUCCGUUCGAGGAAGACACUCGAAUCUCGUACCCUCCACGAUCUCCUUCACCUACUUAUGAAAUGCUCGUAAAGACCGAUCAAAUUGCGCUUGAUGAGAAAGAGGAUGAAGACGAAGGAAAAACAGCAGAAGAGAUUGCUGAGGAGCUUCAACAAAGAGAAAUGGCUGAACAGGCUCAAAUUCUUGAAAUGGUCGGAGACUUGCGAGAUGCAGAUGAAGUUCCUCCAGAGAAUGUUCUGUUUGUUUGUAAAUUGAAUCCAGUCACAACGGACGAAGAUCUGGAGAUCAUCUUUUCGAGAUUUGGAAAAAUCAACAAUUGUGAGAUUGUUCGAGAUCGUCGUAGUGGAGAUUCUCUUCAAUACGCCUUUAUCGAAUUCGACAACGCGCAAAGCUGCGAGCAAGCUUAUUCUAAAAUGGACAAUGUGCUGAUUGAUGAUCGACGAAUUCAUGUAGACUUCUCUCAAUCGGUGUCCCAAAACUAUAAAUACAAACCAAAAUCGCAAAAUGGGGAACCGCAAAAAAGAAGACAACAGUCUCCACCAAGACGUCAGGAAGUCAAGAGAAGCCAUGAGAGAAGUCCAUCUCCCAGAAGACGUCGUUCGCCAUCACCGAAACGAGACAGAAGAAAUUAUGAAAGAAGAGAUUCUGAUCGACGUAGAAGAAGUUCUACAAAUGAUCGUGAUGGGAACCGUAAUCGUGGACAUCAGGAUAGUCAUCGUGAGAGAGAUCGCAGAGACAAUGUACGAAACUCGGACAGAGAUAGGGAUCGUCGUCACCAUGAUAGAUCACCACACAGAAGACGAGACCGUCGCUGA